AUGUAUCUGUCGGAUGUCCAAUUCGUGAUUGGCCUUUCAGGAUACUUCGUGAAAGACCUCCAAGCCGUCCGUCAGAGUCCAUCUUACAACCCCCUGAUUGAUAAUAUCCGUCCUCGAACUCCUGGGUUCAAAAAUGUGGUCCAAGCUGGCCAAAUCAUUUCCGUUCUGCUGCACCUUCCCAACGGUUCAGUUGUAGUGGGUGACUGCGCCGAUGUCAUUUUCUCCGGAGCUGCGUCUCGAGAUCCCCUGUUCAUCGCCGAAGAGCAUCUCCCUGUUUUCGAGUCGAUUGUCAAGCCAUGGCUCCUGGCACGCAAUGUCACCGAAUUCCGGCCGAAUGCAGAGAGAGUUGACGCCCCAUGGCCCGAGCUGCAGCACGCUAGAUUGCAUUCUGCGAUUCGAUAUGGCUUAACGCAGGCCCUCCUCGCGGCCGCCGCGUCAGUAUGCGGUUGCACCAUGGCUGAGAUUAUAUCGCGCGAGUGGGGUACAGAACUGUCGCGUCGUCCAAUUGACAUCCUUGCCUCCUGUCACCGGAAUGACAGUCUUCAGCUGGACCGGAUGAUUAUGAAGAGGGUCGCUAUGCUGCCACAUGCCUCCUUCGUCCACGUCCAUGAUAUAGGGCUAAAGGGCAUGGUUCUCAGGGAGUAUGUAGCAGCAGUUUCCCGCCGUAUCCAGGAACGAGGGGGCUCUGAAUAUCAACCCCGACUUCACUUCGAUGUCUACGGGACGCUGGGCGAUGUUUUCCCCGAUAUCGGAGAAUUGGCACGAUUCCUCAGUGAACUCCAACAAGCUGCGCAACCUUACGAUCUGCUCAUUGAGUCUCCAAUUAUUGCAUCUUCGAAAGCCGAACAAAUCUGGCGACUCACAGAGCUGCGCGCGCUUCUACAGAGGCAUUCGAUUCGCGUUUGGAUAGUGGCAGACGAAUGGUGCAAUACACUGGAUGAUAUACGGGAAUUUGCUGAUGCAGGUGCUGUGGAUUAUGUGCAGAUAAAGAUGCCCGACCUCGGAGGGGUUCACAAUAGUAUUGACGCCGUCCGUUACUGUCAGGGCAAGGGUGUAGGCUGCUGUCUUGGAGGCUCAGCGAAUGAGACCGAUAUUUCAGCCCGAGUCACGGCGCAUGUUGCAGUGGCGACGAAACCGGACUUUCUCCUGUCCAAGCCGGGGAUUGGGGCUGAUGAGGGGCUGAUGAUUCUUACGAAUGAGAUGCUGCGUGCCUCGGCAUUGGCAUCGAGGACGAGGGCGAAUAGACUAUAG